AUGUCGCCCCUUCCUGACGCCGAACUGAAUCCGUGCCAGUCUGCUAGGUUUUCUGGCAUCAACCGUCGAUAUUUUGUGAUUCCGGGACUCGUCUUUCUUGCCGUCCUCGUUUUCGGUUCUGCCAGGUUGAUCACGUCAGAAACAUCUCUUUCGGAGCAACGCAGCCACGACAAGCGCCAGUUUCAACUCGGCGGCAUGCUCGGCGGCUAUGUUCGUCAGCCAGCCAAGCAAACACUCUCCCAGGAGACCACGGGAGUUCAGUCGUCGAUACUAUCCGCCACAGCUAGUCGGCAACCGGACCCUCUGUCAAGCCGAUCGGGAACAUGGCGUGAGAGUCAUGCGACGCCUCAAAACUCCAUGCAGCCGUUCCUUUCAGGGGUCGCGACCGAACCUGAGCCGACCUCCAUGGGCGACAUUACGGGCACUGACCAGGGCCUGGGCUCGUCAAAAGCAUUGCUUGAGGCCUUGACCGAAGCGUUGAGAAAGGCGAUCGGCACACCCGGCCAACUCACCGAAGCAGCUGCGGCGAAUCCCAUCAGCAUAUACGCAUCCGGCAGGUUCAGAUCUGCCGCAGACGGGCUGUCUCUGGCCGCGGCUGCCCGGACAUUGCAUCAUGCGGCGUCACCUUUCCGGCCAGCUGGCCACGAAGCAAGCCUACGCGGCGCCGACACCCAGUCCGAAGCGACGACAGCAUCCCGUCCGAACUUGGCACAUGAAAAACCUGAAAUCGAUCUCUUUAUUGGACUUCUCGGCGGUCUGGGCGAGCUCGCAUCUAUGCAGCAUGGUUCCCGCGGUCAGACUGAUGCUCCCUCGGGUCCCAAGAGCGUCUCGGAAGCACCCAGCAAGGGAGUGCUCUCCAUGUUGAGCCCUCUAUCCAACUUCGUUGCCCAGGUUGCUGGAGUGGAUGCUGGGGCAGCAGCAAAACUCGCCGAUGUGGUCCUGAACGCUCUACCUGUCGACGCAUCCGCCGUGGCCGCAAGCCUCCCCCAGGUCACGGGUCAGGCAUCUGUCAAAAUGGACCAGCUGCUUCCCCUGAUUCUUCCCGCUGUUGCGAGCGUCUUGGGUCAAGAAAUUGCCGGCCACACGGCGGCAGUUUCCAACGAUGUGAUGGGAACCAUGGAUCAGGUGGUCUCGCAAGGCAUGUCCGUCAUGAACCAGAUGACGAGCUCGCUGAAAUCUACGACGGACGCGCGACUUCAGGCGAUUCUCGAUCAGGUUGCCGUGGUCGUGUACGCUGCGGCCAAUUGCUUGAACAAGCCUAUUUGCGCCGUCAGUCAUACCAUUCAGGGUGUUGCCGUUGAGGCUGUCAUGCCGUGCUCUGCCGCCUGCACCGACCCUGUAUCGGCCAACAUCGUCACACUGAAUCCUGGCAUGACGCCAGCGGCGGGCUCGGUUACCCUGCAAUCACCAUCCGGGACCCUUGCUCCCCUCAUUGGUGCUCCGGCGUACGACUUAUCAAGCCGGCCAGCCGGUGACGCCACUCCUACCCAAAUGCCGAGCAUCGCGAACCCUCCACCUCCGGCAAAUGCCCCUUUAGUCACCGGAGUUGAUUCUAGCCUCGGCGCUCAAGAAUCUCCGUCUCCACCAGCAGCCAUCCCUUCGGUCGCCGUCGUGACGGGAACAAUGGCUGCGCAGCCGACUAGCUGCCCCCCCGCGGAGCCUCCCAACUGUCCGACCUGUCCGGCCUGCGACGACUGCCAGUGCAAGGCGUGCCCCGGUCCGAGCCAAACGAUGGACCAGCAGGCUGGGCUCUGCCCGGGACGCGGUUUCAAUUGUGCCGAAUGCCUCAACGGGUGGUUUUGCCCUCCUCAGGAAACUCCUGCACAGGUCGUGCCGUGCGGGCUAGGAUGGCCCUGCUACCAUUGCGCAUCCGGAUGGUUCUGCGUCCCCGGGUCUCCCCAGGCCCCUGCCUCCACGCCGAGUCCUGCUUCUCCAACCGGGGGCACAAACGCACCGGGAUCGUCGGGAGGUGCGAGCACGAACGUUGGUCCCGCAGACACGUCCGCACAGGGUCGAGGCGGCGCGGCUGGUGGUUGGAGCCACGUUGGAUGCUUCCAGGACGCUAUCAACCGAACGCUUGUCGGGUCGAAGCCGCUCGACUACCUUCGAGGGGACAUGUCUACUUUGACAUGCGUCGAGCAUUGCACGGCGAAAGGAUAUCCCUUUGCCGGCACAGAGUGCGGCAAGGAGUGUUGGUGCGGCGUCGCGAUCCGCGAUGAUGCCGUCCGACUUCCAGAUGGCUCAUGCGACAUGCCUUGUCAGGGCAGUGUCGACCAAUGUUGCGGAGGCGAUUGGGCCAUAUCGGUUUACAUGAGGGCAAACCAGGCGGAUCAAUCGGAGGUGGCACCACGGCCACAAGUGCAAACGUUGCCGACCGCGACCGCACCGUUGCCGCCAACGCCGAGCCAGGAAAUCAAGUCGCAGGAACAGCAGGUUCCCGACGGCCAGCUGUCAACUACAACAACGGCACCAUCCGCACCAUCCGCACCAUCGGCGACGAGCAAGGCACCCACUUCCUCGAUUGGACCAUUUCCCGAACCUCAGCUACCCAUUCCAGCAUCGACUCCCCCUGCUUCAUUCGCUUCAAGCCAAACGCCCAACCCCUUGGUGCCACCACCUUUGAACGACGGGUCUACGUGUGCGGAGCCGCCAGUGCCCGUCACCGAGCAGCCUGCUCCGGCACCAGCUUCGUCUCCCGCUUCCAACCAGGCGCCCACGUAUGCCGAGCCGCAAGUGCCGGUCACCCAACCACCGGCUCCUGCUCCGCCUCCCACACCGGCUGCAGUUUCAGCCCCAGCCCCAGUCCCAGGUCCUGCACCGGCUCCUGCACCAGCUCCUGCACCAGCUCCUGCUCCGGCCCCUGCUCCGGCUCCGGCUCCGGCUCCGGCUCCGGCUCCUGCACCAGCUCCUGCACCGGUUCCUCCUCCGGCCCCAGCUCCUGCUCCUGCUCCGGCUCCUUCUCCAGCCCCUGCUCCGGUCCCUGCUCCGGCCCCUGCUCCCGCUCCUGCUCCUGCUCCUGCUCCAUCCCCUGCUCCUGCUCCCGCUCCCGCACCAGCUCCCGCACCGGCCCCUGCUCCGGCCCCUGCUCCGGCUCCGGCUCCGGCUCCUGCACCGGCUCCUGCUCCGGCUCCGGCUCCAGCCCCGGUUCCUGCUCCAGCCCCGGCUCCUGCUCCGGCCCCCGCUCCAGCUCCAGCUCCAGUGCCAGCUCCAGCAACGGCUCCUGUCCCGGCUCCCGCGCCAGCCCCUGCACCAGCUCCUUCACCGGCUUCGGCACCCUCUCCUGCUUCGAUGCAAGCACCCAAGUAUGGGAACCCGCCGCUAUCCCAUUUUCCGUCGCCCGCCACAGCGCCGGCGGUGCCAGCAGCACCAGAAGCACCGGUAGCGUCAGAAGCGCCGGUGGCACCAGCAGCAGAACCGAGCACGGCACAGCCAGAAGCGUAUGGGCCGUUGGCUCAGUUGCUCAUCAACGAACGACUAGGCCGCUAG